AUGCUUGAAUUCAAGAGCUGAGAUUUAGGGUUGAAUCUCCUUUUUUCUCACUAUCGCUGACUAGUAAGAAUUCAUUGCUCUAUCAGUUCAAUCCAUUACCAUGGCAUCCGCUUGUAGAGUUAGCACUAGCACGAACCCAUCUACAGUAUCUAAUAGUGAUGAAUCGUUUCUCAGAUACGAACCUCCCGCUACGAAACUUGCCUUCCAAAGUGAUAAGAGGUAUCACGUAUUUCUGAGUUUUAGGGGACCAGAUGUGAGGAAGACUCUGGUCGAUCAUCUUUUUGAAGCUCUCUCCGCAGCAGGACUGAACGUCUAUAAAGAUGAUGAAAAUUUGGAAAAGGGGGAAGAGAUCUGGCCCAGCUUGGAAAGAGCAAUUGAGAGAAGUGCGAUAUGCAUUCCCAUAUUUUCCAAGGGAUAUGCAGACUCAGCAUGGUGUCUGAAGGAGGCCUCUGCAAUGUUGAGGACUUGUGAUUUGAUCAUUCCUCUCUUCUAUCAUGUGGAUCCAACUCAUGUUAGAUAUCCUGAGAAGGAUUCCAGUCCCUACAAGCAGUCAUUUAGCAAGCAUUAUAGCCAUUCAGAUCGAUACCCAAGAGGAGAGAUUGAUGAGUGGAAGCGUGCCCUUCUGCAGAUCUCUUCUCGCUCUGGCUGGGCCAUUGAUAGGACUCAAGGCUUUGAAGCUCGGCUAGUAAAGAUGGUUGUGAAUGACCUAAUUAAGACAUUGGACAGGGUGCCAUUGGAAGUUGCCAAGCACCCAGUGGGAAUGGACAGCUUGAAGAAUGUUCUUAUUCAAAGUUUAAAUCUCAGUACAGUGGAUGUGGUGGUUAAAAUUGGAAUAUGGGGUAUUGGUGGUAUUGGUAAGACUACAGUUGCCAAGGCCCUGUACAAUCAAGUUUAUGCUGAUUUUGAAGCCACUUCCUUUGUAUCCAAUGUCCGCGUCACUGCAGCAGAGGCCAAAGGCCUUAGAAAUAUGCAGAAAAAAAUCCUCAAAAAUUUAACUAAAUAUGGUGAAAAAGUUGACAGUGUUGAUGAGGGCAUAUCUCUGUUCAGAGAUCGUUUGGGAGGAAAGAGCGUGCUGCUUAUUUUGGAUGAUGUAGAUACUGUUGAACAAUUGAAUGCUUUGGUUGGGGAUUGGCUGGCCCCUGGCAGCAGAGUUAUCAUAACUUCUAGAGAUAAACACAUUCUCAAUGUUGCUGGAGUGUCAUCCCAUUGCAUCCAUGAGAUGAGUGGAUUGGAGAUAACUGCAGGUCUCCAAUUAUUUAGUUGGCAUGCUUUUCUCAAAGCAUCUCCAAGUCCAAGUCACAGAGAUCUGUCCAAAAGAAUAGUGGAAGCUUGUAAAGGGCACCCUCUUUCACUGGAAGUGAUUGGAUCCUUCUUGUAUGAUAAGCAGGAUGACACAGAUUGUUGGACAGAAGCUCUUGACAGCAUUAUCAGCAACCCAGAAAUUCACAAAAGACUUUACAUUAGUUAUAAUGCUCUUAGUGAUGAAGAAAAAGAAAUAUUCCUGGAUAUUGCUUGCUUUUUCAUUGGAGAAGUCAAAACAUGGCCUAUCAUUUUCUGGAAAUCCUUGUACAAGAUGGUACACACUGCUGUAUCUAAUCUUUCCAUGAAGUUACUGAUAAAGAUAAAUGAUAAAGGUGUAUUUCAUAUGCAUCACCAUUUGCGAGAUAUGGGGCGAACAAUUGCUGAAAAUGAGAAAAAGGGUACCCGACUAUGGGAGGCUACUGAUUUGAGCACCAUACCCAACAACAUCAAUCUAUCUCGCCUUCGAGUCAAUGGGGGCAAUCCACAAAGGCUUGAAAUGCUCUACGGACAUGGUCUUCACUAUCUUCAUUUGCAGAAACUGCCCAUUGAAGGCAUGACAAUAGAUACACUAGCCCUGCUUCCUCCAAGUUUGAUAUGGUUGAGGAUGGAAAAUUGCUGGCUUGCUACUGGGAUUAAUAGAGCAGAGGAGAAGCUACAUCAAUCCAGAUUUGUGGGUACCAUUGGGUAAUUAAAGACUAUGCAACUAAAAGGCUG